CACGACUUUUCCGUGUGUCCUCAUCCCUGUUGCUGCGUCAGCCAGCAAUAUGCAGUGCUACCAAUUACUGGCGACAACGGAUCUUUACCCACAUAUGGCAUGUGUUUCGGCGGGGAUCCUCGACGGCGAUAGUCACCAAUGCGCCGUGGGGGAGUAUCGCACUGAUGACACUCAUAAAUUGAACCUAGUUGUAGAGUUGGAUCAUCUCAACCCCGGCCCCUGCAUACAAUGUAUGAUCGUUCUCGCCAUGUCUAUUCCUCAUUUCCUGCGUCUGGUCCAGCCGCGACGUGCGACUGUCCCGACUAAACCAACAGGGUGCUCGGAGGUUGUUGAUUUGGGCCACUUUCUCCAACUCAACCUCUGCAAUAUCCGUAAAUCUAUUCGGUUAUCAAUAUUUGAAGACUCCAAUCCCUAGCUAGACGUUGGGAUAUAUUCUUUUCUAUCACUUUAACUUGCGUGAGCUGCAUUCGUCGCCCAUCCGUUGAAAUCAAGAGGUAUAGAGCCGUAAUCUGGCUCGAGUAGCGCGUCUGCGAAAAUAUUGACUCCGAGAACAAUGUCAGAAACCACGCAUCAUCAGCCCGCUGUCACUGGAGAGGAUAGCAAACCACAAACGCCGGAGGCUAAAGAGGCUCAGAUCCUGGAAUCAACUACACCGACUGAGGAUGUCGUCGAAAAGAUCUCCACAUUCAGCGGCGACUUUGACCCCAAUGAUCCCAAGAACCCCAAGAACUGGAGCAACACGCGAAAGCACCUCAUUUUCGCGGCGCUUAUGUCCAGCUCACUCCUAUGUGAUGGUGGAAUGACAUGGGGCGCAACGCUCCUGUUUCCGCAGAGUCUUCAAUGGCAGAUCGAGCUUAACAAGGCAGCCACCAGCAUGAAUUAUGGCAUUCUUCUCCAAGGGUUUGGUGGUAUAUUCGCCGUUCCUCUCAUUGAAGCUUAUGGGCGCCUCCCAGUCUGGUUCUGGACCCAGAUUAUUGCAAUGGGCAUGGUGAUCGGCUGUGUGCUAUCCCCAACCUUUGAAAUCUUCACAACAUUCCGCUCCAUGCAGGGCCUCUUUGGCACCGUUCCCCAAGUCAUCGGUCUUCCAAUUAUAUACGACAUGUAUCACCACCGCGAUUGGCCGCGCAUGAUCAAUAUUUGGGGCACGACGUUUCUUGUGGGUCCAUUCCUUGGCCCGGCCAUUGCUGGCUACAUUCUGUAUGGGACUGGAAAAUGGGAAAGUUCAUUUGCCGUUCUUGCUGGUUUGUAUGGCGCGAGCACGCUUGCUAUUUUGGCUGUGGGAAGGGAGACCUAUUAUCAAAAAGGCAUGAAAACCCAAGAGACGCCACGAUGGAAGUCAUUUUUGGGACUUGGAAACACUGGGACGCUGCAUAAGCUUUCCGCUGUCGUUGAGCAAUCCAAGGCCCUCGUUAUCAUGAUCUUUACGCCCCCAAUGCUCCUCGUUGGUCUUGCAACAAUGGUCAACUUUACUUGGCCUAUCGGCAUAACCGUCACAAUAUCUUCAUUCCUUCUACCACCGCCAUACCUCCUCACGCCGGUCCAGGAUGCCUCUAUGCGCUGGGCCGGAAUCAUCGGCGCCCUCCUCGGAUUCGUUUUCGGCUACUUCUUCAACUCUUGGAUCUAUUUCUCGUCAUCCGCGUCUGGCGUGUCCCGCCGCGCUAACUGGCGCCCCGAGUACCGCCUGCACGGAGUAUGGGGUCCGAUAUUUAGCAUGGCUAUAGGGCUCGUAGUAUACGGACUCACGCUCAACUUCCAAAAGAGUUGGGUUGGUCUUGCAUUUGGUUGGAUCCUCGUAAACCUGGGAAUGAUCGCGUCGACUGUGGCCAUUACAUCGUUUGCCCUCGAGAAGUAUCCAGCUUAUGCAACGAUCGUCAGUGCGAUUAUCAACAUGUGGCGCACGUGUGGUGGCUUCUCGGUUGGAUACUUCCAGCCUAGUUGGAUUGCGAGGAGUGGGGUGGGUGUCGUAUUUGGGUUGCAGGCUGUUGUUGUGAGUGUUUGUAUUGUGCUUUUCAUUACUCCAGUGAUCUGGCUGGGGAGGAGGGAAGCGGCGAGGAGGAUUGUGUCUGUAGGAGUGGCGUAAAUGUACUCAUGAAUGGGAGAGUGUAAUAGAUUACCAUUCGUCUAAAAGCGAGGAAUUUUCGAGGCUCGAUUGAAGGAGCGGUAUUUUCAGGCGAGAUAUUAUUGUUGCCAUGAGAUCGGAG